CCCCAUUUGGUGAGUGCUGGUGUAUUUCAUUUUCGCAGGUAAAUGGAAAGGCUUUCUGUCUGUCUAUCUACAUGUCUAUCAGAUUCUUUGUUUUCUUCCUCCUCUUUUCCUCAAUGUUCCUUGACAUGAUCACAUUGCCCAGCGUGUUCCACGACAUGUUUUGGAAGAUGUUUAUGGAAUCAAUAUAAUAAGACCACGGGAAGAUGAAGAUCAGGACCGAUGUCCCACAGCUGAAGAACUGUUAUCGGCUUAUGGAUGUAAGUGGUGUUUAGCUUCCCAUUAAAUAUUAUAUACAAAUGUUAACCCCCAGCACUACACUACAACUAAACAUUAAUCUCUAAACCUACACUAUACACUAUACUUGCUCUGCACUUUGCUUUAACCCCCACACUAUCCUAAAACUAGCCAUAAUGCCUAUAUUCUACCUUACCCCUUGUACAUUAACCAUGAGCUUAUAUUAUGUUAUAUAAAAGAUACCUUUAUCCUCGUGGUUGAUUAUGAUGUCUUCAGAACCAAACAAUUAUAUAUUUUUUUCAAUAAAACUCAACUAUGUAAUCAUAUAAAAGUAUAUAUUUUUCAUACAUUUGGCCUAUCUUUAAAAGUGCUUUGAUGCAUAAUGCUUAGUUUGUGACAAUAUGUGUAAAAACCAGUCUGAACAUUGUGACAAUAUGUAAAACCAGGCUGAACAUUAUGUUACUAUUUUUACAGAUAUGAGAGGAUUUAUGACUGCACAUGGGCAGCCUGAUCAGCCAAGAUCUUCUCGAUACAUAUUGAAGGACUUUGUCACUGUAAGUGUUCUUAUUACUGUUUACUGGUAUUUGAUGUUUUGCAUUACUCAGUCUUACUACAUCCCUGGCAAUAGUUUUCAGUUUUAUUGGCCCUGCUUUAGACAGUGGUUGCAGGGCUUGUGACUCUAUUGUAAAUCUAUCGGCAGCGCGUUACGAAAAAAUUAGAUUUUGUUUGUAUAAAACAAAUUAUGUAUAAUAACAUUUGAUGGGUUUAUUUUUGAGAAUGACCUGUAUUUCUGUUGUACAGGGCAAACUGCUAUACUGUCACCCUCCCCCAGGAAUUGAGCCAUUAAACUUUCAGCCGCAGCAUUCAGCUUAUCGGGAAAGAAGAGAGCUUCUUGAGGCCACAGAACCAAAAUCUGUCACUGGCAAAAAAGUCAAGCAAAUUGAAAAUGUUGUGGACAAAACAUUUUUUCAUCAGGUAGGACAUUUGUGUUAACAAAUGUAAAAUAUGUUCUGGAAGCUACUGGAAUAUACUGUGGUUCUUGUUGGUAGAAAAAACUGUUAGUGCACUUGACAAUCCAUCGGUAACCAGAUUAAUAACCAAAUAUUACUGUAUUGUACCUCUACUGAUUCUCCUCUAACCAGCUGGUAGAAGCGAUGGAUUUGUCAUAUACCAAAAUUUGAAUCAGAGUAACUAUUGUGAAUCCCUAACAUAUCAUUAAUUUAAAUUAAAUUGAUUGAUCAUUUGUCUGUUUCAGACAUGUGUAAAUACACAUUCUGACCCCUACACUCUAGAAUGGCACACCUAAGUUACACAUUAGGUUUGUACUAUAUAACGGUGUGCUGUGUGUUUUAAAGCACAUGUGAUACUUUUCACCACUUUACCACCGAUCCCUUAUUGAUUGAAAAAAUAUUAGCAUAACAUUAUUUGAAGCAAGGGAUGUGUAUAUAGUCACAAAAUGAAAACCACCUGACUAAUAUCGUGUAGGUCCUCUUUUUACUGCCAAAACAGCUCCGAUGCAUCAAGGCAUGGACCCCACAAGACCUCUGAACGUGUCUUUUGGUAUUUGGCACCAAGACAUUAGCAGCAGAUCCUUUAAACCCUGCGAGGUGGGGCUUCCUUGGAUCGGAUUUGUUGUUCCAGCACAUCCCACAGAUGCUCAAUCUGAUUGGGAUCUGUGGCAUUUGGAGGACAAGGCAACACCUUGAACUUAGGGAUCCACCUAAAUUUUCGGCCGAAAAUGGGUCUAUCCUAUAUCUGCCGAGAAAGGGUCAAAUCUGCCGAAAAUUACACCCUCGUCUGCAGACAUCCCAACUCUCCCGGAUGUUCCGGGAGCUAUCCCCACUCGCCUUCAUGGAGUGAAGCGCAUUUGCUUUCUGCUUCUCUAAAGAUGGCGGCCGUGCGUGUGCGUAGUGUCGGCCCGAGUCCUCCUUUUCUUCCGUGCUUCAACGAAUCCUACUUUAAGCAAAGCAGGGUGCGGGGAAACACUAUAUAAAUGUAUUAAAUGCACGUAAAAUUAGGAUUAAUCCACUGAUUAUUCCAACUGCUCAAGUAAUGUCCAAAAGCAUUGUAUGAAUAAACGGAUUAUGAAAUUAUAGAAAAACGCAUACUUUAAAUCUGUUUUGUUCUGUACCUUGAAGGAAGAACACUUUAAGGGUAGGGGGCUCCUCUCGUUUUAGCACUUACUAACUUAUUUAUGCACACAUUUAACUAUAUUGUUCUUCACUGUAAACCAACCUGAAUAUUUGACUUUUUUGAAAGUUGCACCCGUUCAUAUUUGAAAGGGCCACAUGUCCUGCAGGUGUCUACAAUUGUAAUACAUUAUAUAGAUCAAGGAUGCCUUAAAGGUAGAUCCCGAAAUAUUAAAUAACUUUCACUCACAUGAUGCUUUAAUUCUCUAAGCAGCAUGGAAGGAUUAAUACAAAAAGAUCUCCUACAUUUGAAAUUCCUGCACUUGCUGUGUAUGCCUGGAUUUAUAUAGUCUGUGGUGAGCAUUGUCCAUACCAGGACAUAGUUUAUCCAAUCUGGAUACAAUUUUUCAGUAAGUCCUCUUAAUGAGCCCGAAGGGUUUAAAACAUGUAGUUCUGCCUUUAGCAGCUGUUUCAUUGAUCUUAUAUGAUGAAUGAAAGUGCUGUCUAAGCUGAUGGCAAGUUCUGUAUAUACAUAGACUUGCUGUAAUCUGUAAUGAGCCUUCUUCAUAUGACAGCAUUUUCUGUGGGAUGUAUAAUAAGACAUGGAAAAGGCUGUUAUCACACAUGUGUUGUGUUGUUUUUUUAUUUUAUUCCACUUAAAAAUAAAUCACUGAAUUUAACACACUUAUGCAUUAAUACCUAGUCAUGUUGUGUGGAGUACAGAUAGUGGGGGAUACUUAUCAAGGCAAAACCUAUAUGCUAUUUUGGGGACAGAUAACCGAAUGAGGAACGAUCACCAUGGACAACAUUGAAGAUUUGACAUCGAAAGCAGCACCUGUUUUUACUUGAUAAAUGUCUAACAUGGGAUAGUAUUCUGAUAUUAGUCAUUAAAAACACAAUGUAAUACCACACUGCUCUGCCAUUUCUCUCAUCACAGCCAGCCGCCUGUGCCCGCAUCAUCGGAGCCAAGGUGAGCCGGGUCAUAGUGACCGGGGUACUCAUUGUGGGGGCUGGGGGGCAAGGCUUCAUUCAGUGGCUCAAACCCCAGUCACCUUGGAUCCCCAUUCAGCCCGGGGCACCUAUCUCUUUAUCCAUUCCCCCAACAUGGCUUCAGCUCGGCUUACCUCCCUCCCUCAGUGAACUGACUGCGGCUUCAGCAAUCACGUUAGCUGUAGGACACCAUCUACACAGGGCUGGGUAGUACAUAUCUAUACCUGUAAUAUCUGGAUAGGAAAGGAGUGCCAGCUCCUGUGGUCAGUCCCUGGUAAAUUAAUAUCAACAGUCCCUGGUUCACGUGAUGAUUGUCAUCUAUACACAUAUAGUACGUUUACCCCUAUGCUACACAUUGUGGACUGCCCAUUUUUAUUCUAUUUUAUUUUUAUUUCUAUUCAUAUUUUUUAUUUUUUUUAUUCAUAUUAGAUUCUUUAAAAAGUCUAAUAUUAAUGAAGUUAUAGAAAAAACUAUUUUAAAAUAAUUUGGGGGGAAAAGUCGGUUUCGGUUUUCAGCCCAGAAUUUUUAUUUCAGUGCAUCCCUACCUUGAACGCUUUGUCAUGUUCCUCAAAGUAUUCCUGAACAAUUUUUGCAGUGUGUCAGGGUGCAUUAACCUGCUAAAAGAGGCCUCUGCCAUCAGGGAACAACCUUUUAAUGAAGGGCUGUACAUGGUCUGCAACAAUCUCUAAGUAGGUGGUACGUUUCAAAGUAACACACAUCCCAGGACCCAAGGUUUCCCACCAGAGCAUAACACUGCCUCUGGCCUGCCUUCUUCCAAUAGUGCAUGCUGCUGCCAUCUCUUCUCCUCGUAAAUGAUGCACACAUGCCUGGCAAUGCACCUGAUCUAAAAAAAAGUGAUUCGUAAGACCAGGCAACCUUCUUCCAUUGCUGCAUGGUCCAGUUCUGACGUUUACAUCCUUAUUGAAUGUGUUUUUAACGGUGGAAAAUCCUUAUUGAAUGUGUUUUUAACGGUGGACAGGGGCACACACGCCUAUAAGCAGCAAUCAUGGUAAGCAUUAAUUUUUUUUCAUAAAUUUUGAGCUACAGUAUCACUUUUCUGUAAUUGGAGCAGACAUGUUAGCCUUUGUUCCCCAUGCGCAUCAAUAAGCCUUAAGAGACCAUUAUCCUGACGCUUGUUCACCGGUUAUGCUUCCUUGCACCACUUAUUUUAUUUUUUUUUGUCUGCUUUCAACACAUGAAAUUCGAGAAUUGACUGUUCACUUGCUGCCUAAUAUAUCCCACCUUUUGACAGGUGCCAUUGUAACAACAUAAUCAAUAUUCUUCACUUCACCUGUCACUUUCAAUGCUGUGGCUGAUCAGUGAAUGUAUAUAUACAGUAUUUCACACAGGGUCUGCAAUAUUUGUAUAAAUGCAAAAAACAAAUAAAAUUGGUCAAAUACCUUGCUUAUAUGUAUUUGAAAGUAUCCUGCAGGCAUUACUAGAAGUACUGCUUAAUAAAAAUGGCAACAGAAUGUUAAAAGAAUGUCUGUCUGUUUUUAAGCAUAAAGCCCAAAUUCAGUAAAUACAGUUGAAUCAUGCAUUCUAAAAUAAAGGUAUUUAAAACUGCUAUGCCACUCUUUAUCAAUCUAUAGAUUGCUAAUGUAAUGCUAAAAAUUAAAAAGUAGAAUCAUUUUACUCCUCCCCAUACAAGACUGUAGGAAUUAUAUGACCCAAAGUUUUGUGAUUGAAAGCAGAGGGGUGGGGAAGAACGUAUAUAAGCUUACAGGCAUUAUAUCAAUGACUAGUGCUAUCAGACAGAGAAAUGUGUUCUUCUUCAAGCUAUUAAUAAUUCCUAGCGUAUCAAUGAGGUUGAAUAAGGCUUUAUGAACUAGAUUUCUUUCUGCAAAAUAAAUGAAAAUAAAAACGUUUUAUACUCUAUUUGUGAAGUGGUUAAAAGGAGCUAAAAAAUACUAUUCUGGCUUCUGUUUUUUUGUCUUCUCUCUACAAUUUAAUGUAACGCUUAAUUUUCUGCACUUUUCCCUGAUAUGCAAAAUUAAAAAUACACUUGCGAUUUCUGGAUUUCCAAGAGAGAAUAUAUUUGAUUUUAGAAUAAACAUUAGCAGCAUUCACAUGGGGAGGCUAUAUUAUGGAAGAAAUUGUGCUUUUGCUGCUAAAAAUAAUGAGGAUUCUAUUCGAACAGAAAGCCGCUUCAUUCACAGCUAAUUAUAACUCAAAUGCUUUUGGUUGACAUGUGCUGUUUAUAUAUCCACUGCAUCUUGGCACUAUUUUAAUCUAUUUUUGCCAUUUAACAGAAUUUGCUGUGUGGCAAAGUGCCACUACAGAAUGAAGAAUUUUGAAGUACUCUGCACAUGAGGAAGGUGAUUCAUUUUCGAAAGUCACUGAUGAAAAGAACAUAGACAGAGUUCUACAACUAGAACCAUUGCCAUGGAAACUGAACAUUCUAUUGAUUCCAUGGACAUUGUUCCACUUUUAGAACUUUGCUUCACUUUAUAUAUCUCCUCGUCUAGAAAAGCUUUAUAAAUUUAAAAAAAGAAAGUUUGUAGAUGUAGCUAAUUAGCUUUGCAACAGAAAACUCCUAACUGAAAAACAUUAUCUCAAAUACCAGAUCCUUACUCUUCAGCUAGGCUAUUUUUGAGAGUAUAUUUUAGAUGUAGAAUUAUGUGAAUAUUUAGCCAUAAAAUUGUAUCCCAUUUUUUGCAGGAGAAUGUUCGUGCUUUGACCAAAGGUGUGCAGUCGGUAAUGGGAUAUAAACCGGGAUGUGGCCGUAUACCAUUAAAUGCAACCAGCACUGAGACAGUUUGUGGAAAACCCUGGAAAAAGCAUGGCAACAAAAACAAAAAAGAAAAAGUUCGAAGGCUAAACAAGCAUUUGGAUGCAUAAAAAUCUUUUCAUAUGGAACCAAAGAUGUCCUAUUUUUUUUUUUUCUUUCAAGAAACAUUCAUUUUGUUUUAACACUUUAUUUCUAAAUACAUUGUUGGAAUUCUUCUGUAAAUAUUUUGGAUUACAGAAAAAAGCUCACCUCCAUUGUAUCUCAACUGGGUUACAUAAUAUAAACAAAAUUCAGCCAAACUAUAAUCUAGACAAAACAAAGUUAAAAAUUAUUACUGGGAUGAGUAUGUUUAAUAUUACAUUUCCCGGAGUAUAGCACCCAAAUGGCAUAAAAGGAAUUUAUGGGCAAAAUAACAUUGAUUCUCAUAAACUCCUGCAUAAAGAGCUCUCUCUAUAUUAACUAUCUUUCAUUCUCACUUAGAGCUGCUAUUGGAUGGCUAAGUAUCUACUUCAGUAACUGGGCUGUAUCCACUUGGCUUGUGUGUGUGGUUGGAAUAUUAGAGCUCUUUUAAAGAAGUAUUUUACCCGAGUUAGAUUCAAUUGUGAGACACUGGGGAUCUGUGUCUGCAGAAUGGAGGGAAGAGAAGUGCAAUGGAAGAACAUCUAGCAGUGGCACUAAAACCGAGGGAAUGUGAAUUCUGCUUAAAUGGAGGGAAGAGGUGAAACUAAAUGAAAUAGAACUGAGAUGUAAUGUAGUGUGGCAGUCAAAGCCUGAAACUUUUAAAAAGGACAACUAAAAUUGUACUGGGCCACACUUAUUCCUUUCUGGUUUUUGUACUGGAAACCCUUACUUUCUAUUUGUAAAUGCUAUUGCUGUCUCUUUCAAGAUACAGAUGUUUGAAAUAUUCUACAAAUUUCCUUUAAAGUGAUUGAUAACCAUCUGGUUGGGGUGAUUUUUUUAUUAUUUUUUGGGGGAAAUUUCACACUAGAACAUUUGUAGUACAGUAUAGCACAACAUUAUUUAUUUAACAAUGAACUUUUUUGAUCAAUCUUUUGUAUGUAUUUUUUUUUUCCAUUUUUGUUUUAUCAUAAUGUUGACAAACCUGACUUGACAAAUACAUUCAGUUUCCUCAUCAUAUUGUGUUUUAUAGUCCUUACUUGGGUUCAAAGUGCUAUUUACUGCAG